GCAGGCUCGGCCACGUCACCGCCCCGCCAAGAGCGCGCUGGUGGAGCGGCUGCGCCCGGGCGGGAGCGCGGAGCUCGGGGGCGCGGGCAGGGGCGCGGGACCCAGAGGCCGGGGCCGGGGACGUGGCAGCCGCCUCGCCCGCCAGAAAGUUUCCCAGGAGUUGGCUGAGAGCGGGCCGGACCAUGAACGUGUUUCGUAUCCUGGGCGACCUGAGCCACCUCCUGGCCAUGAUCUUGCUCCUGGGGAAGAUCUGGCGCUCCAAGUGCUGCACGGGCAUCUCCGGGAAGAGCCAGAUCCUUUUCGCUCUCGUCUUCACCACCAGGUACCUGGACCUGUUCACCAACUUCAUCUCCAUCUACAACACAGUAAUGAAGGUGGUUUUUCUCCUCUGUGCCUAUGUCACGGUGUACAUGAUCUAUGGGAAAUUCCGGAAAACAUUUGACAGUGAGAAUGACACAUUCCGCCUGGAGUUUCUUCUGGUCCCAGUCAUUGGCCUCUCCUUCCUUGAAAACUACAGUUUCACUCCUCUGGAGAUCCUCUGGACUUUCUCUAUCUACCUGGAAUCAGUGGCCAUCCUGCCCCAGCUCUUCAUGAUCAGCAAGACUGGAGAGGCUGAGACCAUUACUACUCAUUACCUGUUCUUUCUUGGGCUAUACCGGGCCCUCUACUUGGCUAACUGGAUCAGGCGGUACCAGACUGAGAAUUUCUAUGACCAGAUUGCAGUGGUGUCUGGGGUAGUACAAACCAUCUUCUACUGUGACUUCUUCUACUUGUAUGUGACCAAAGUCCUUAAAGGAAAGAAGUUAAGUCUUCCAAUGCCAAUUUGAAGGUCCUCAAAGAUGUUCUACACCUACACCUUAACAUGGACACGAAGCAAACUAUUUGAAGUGUUCUCCUGGGUGACUUUUACAUGACUGAGACCAAAUGUUAAAACUGAAGUCAGAAAAAUGCUUAGUGUGGAAUUCAGCAAAGUGCUGAUCAUUCUAUCUAGAAGACCUUCUCAUCAGUAUCUCCCUCAUAGAGGUAAUUAAACCUUGGGCCAAUUACAUAAGUAUGGUACCCUCACAAUGUUAACUGGACCUUCAUAAAAAACCUUAGGUGUUUAACCCAUGAAUGGAUCAAGUCAACUAUUACUCUCUAAGGCCCUAGUGUGAGACUCAUGCUAAGGAACAGCCAAUCCCAAUCUGGAAAUAUACCCUGCUGUGUAUAAGGCAAAAGCCCCAAAUGAAGAUCACAGACAGUCCUAAGUAUCAGGAGUGUACUGUUGUGAUUAAUUUUACUUUCCAGGUAGGAGACCAUCAAGUUUAGGGAGUCAAGAUACAGAGGUGAUAUGACAGGUGGGAAAUGUUAUGAGGAAACAAAUACCCCAGGCUUUACCUACUAGGUACUGUCUUGUUGCUUCAUGACUCAAGUUUUCGCACUAAGAACAAUUAAUCCCACCCCACCUUGCACAUUUUUAGGUGCUAAGGUGUUAGUCAAUCAACAUGGUCUUGAAGCCAAUAAAAACUCAUAAGAGACUGUCACUGGCCUGUAGUCAGAAUUUUUUAAGCAAUAAAAAUCUCACACCUUA